AGCCUGGCGCCGCCACCGCCCGCCUCGGCACAACAUGGCGAUGCACAACAAGGCGGCACCGCCGCAGAUCCCGGACACCCGGCGGGAGCUGGCGGAGCUCGUGAAGAGGAAGCAGGAGCUGGCGGAAACACUGGCAAACUUGGAGAGACAGAUCUAUGCUUUUGAAGGAAGCUACCUGGAAGACACUCAGAUGUAUGGCAACAUUAUUCGUGGCUGGGAUCGGUAUCUGACCAACCAAAAAAACUCCAAUAGCAAAAACGAUAGAAGGAACCGGAAGUUUAAGGAAGCAGAGCGGCUCUUCAGUAAAUCCUCAGUUACUUCAGCAGCUGCAGUAAGUGCAUUGGCAGGAGUUCAGGACCAGCUCAUUGAAAAGAGGGAGCCAGGAAGUGGGACGGAAAGUGAUACUUCUCCAGACUUCCACAAUCAGGAAAAUGAGCCCAGCCAGGAGGAUCCUGAGGAUCUGGAUGGAUCUGUGCAGGGAGUGAAACCUCAAAAGGCUGCUUCUUCUACUUCCUCAGGGAGUCAUCAUAGCAGCCAUAAAAAACGAAAGAAUAAAAACCGGCACAGGAAUACAGGGACUUCCCUGGUGGCGCAGUGGUUAAGAAUCUGCCUGCCAGUGCAGGAGACACAGGUUCAAUCCCUGGUCGGGGAAGAUCCCACAUGCCGCGGAGCCACUGAGCCUGUGAGCCACAACUACUGAAGCCUGCGCGCCCUAGAGCCCGAGCGCCGCAACUCCUGAAGCCCGCGUACCUAGAGCCCGUGUUCCACAGCAGAGCCUGCGCACCGCAAAGAAGAGGAGCCCCCGGUCACCGCGACUAGAGAAAGCCCGCGCUCAGCAACGAGGACCCAGUGCAGCCAAAAAAAAAAAAAAAAAAAAAAAGGAAUACAAGUAUUUCUUUCUCCUUUUCCUUUCCUCCCUAUUCGUCCAGUUCCUGAGAAUUUUUCUUGGGUCAUUUGUUACCCAGAACAGUUGGAAUUUUCUGGAACUCUAAACUUUGUAGGGCGGACUGUGACCGCUGGUGUUGCUUUCCAGGUGGAGCUGCAAAGACCACUGAGAAUUCCCUGUCUUUGCCUUAGCGCUUACUUUCCGUAUUUUUCUCUUUAGAUUUGUGUUUUCGGAUCCUGCCGAGCAUCCCAGUUUCUAGGCCCUGUGCUCAGGCCUGGGCUGGCAGCCCUGUGGGCUGAGCAGGCCCCGGCUGGCAGCCCUGUGGGCUGAGCAGGCCCCCUGCUCCCCAGGCAGUCCUUACCAGGAGGUGCCAGCAGGUGGCAGGCAGAGCACCACAGCGCCCCUGGCCUUUAGCGAGGCUCUUCUCUUGGAGAGCAGCCAGAAUCAGAGCCUUUGGACCCUUCCCAGUGACCUGCCUCCUAGCAACAAGCCUAACCCUGUGCGGUGGGUGGGUUGCCCAGUCCAUUUCUCCCACCAGUUUUGCAGCCGUUUCUUAAAUGGGUGAGCAGUUUAAGAUCACCAGCAGCGGCCUUGAGUCGGGCUUUGAGGCCACACCCCAGAAUGACAGCCUGGGGCCUCCUCCCCCUCCAGGAACUAGCCGGAAGGAUUUACAUACCAUGGCCUGGGAAGGCCUCAUUUUCCUCAAUUGUAGGGCCCUACUUCCUGUCCCUUUCAGCCAAAUCUCCCAUACCCUUCCCAUGAACUAGGAGGCCCCCAGAACAGGCUCUUACUCACCACCCUCUACCCACCCUGCUAUAUGGUCUAGGGAAAAAAAAUGAGCCAGAGGUUUGAGGAUCCCUGGGGCAAAAGUGCUAGGAUCCCGGAACUGCCGCCUUUAGGGGCAGGAACCCCUGGAGACCAGCUGGGCCCAGGGCUUGGGCUGAUGGCACUACCCCUCCCCCAACUCUAGAUU